AAUUUGAAUCUAGGCAAUGACCAAUACUUUUCUAAGAUAUUAGCCACCAGCUACAGCACGCCAGCGUCUGUGAGCCUCAACAUAACGCAGUCUGUAUUUACCUCCAGAUUAAACAUUGUGCUAUAUAGUUCGUAUACGUGUGGUGUUAUAUCUCACAUCGCUGCUACGUGUAAUCAGCUGCUGGUCCAAGCUAACUUUACAGGCAACACUGAUUGAGGAGAGAUUGCUGCACUUGCAAUGAAAGCGGGCGUCCACUGUCGUUGCUCAAAAUGCUACUCAGUUCCGGCACGGAAGCGGGUCCGUAAGAGAACUCCAGACCUAUCUUUGCUGUCUCUGCCUGAGGAGGUCCUCCUGUGUGUGCUCCAGUGUCUCUCUGCUGAGGACCUGCUGUCUGUCAGAGCUGUUCACUCCCAGCUGAGGGAUAUUGUUGACAACCAUUCCAGUGUAUGGGCCAGGGUCAGUUUCAGGGACACAUGGCCGUCUCCCAACACAUUAUGGCUUUUUGAAAGAGCUGCUGAGAAGGGGAAUUUUGAAGCUGCGGUGAAACUCGGCAUUGCUUAUUUAUACAAUGAAGGGCCAUUGUUGAGUGAUGAAGGGCGAGCAGAUGUAUGUGGUCGUAAGGCUUCCCACUUCUUCAGCCUGGCAGAGAGCCUGCGUCCUCCCACUGCAGAUCCCUUCAUCUGGCUAUUCAUCCGUCCACCAUGGUCUCCCACAGGCAGCUGCUGCAAGGCUGUGGUGUUCGAUCGUCUCAAGGCUGAGUGUGACAACAACAUGGAUAGGAAGGGGCCAUUGUUGCACUGUUUGGCCAGAGUUUUACAUCUGUUUGAAGAGCCAGAAAAACACUUGGAUGCUAUAUCUAUGCUGGAGGAAUCUUCACAGGCUGGCUGUCUACAGAGUUCCUACCUGUUGUGGGAGCACAAUCGCAAAGCAGCUAUGGCUGAUCCAGGCAGGUAUCUUCAAUGUGUCCGAACGCUCAGAGACUAUGCAGGCAGAGGAUGCUGGGAGGCACAGCUCUCUCUGGCCAAAGUGUGCAGCACUGGGAAUCCGUUGGGGUUGGAGACAAAGGCCUGCUCUGACUUAGUGGCCCAACUCUUUAGCUCGUCCAACCUGGAGUCACAGCACUUCUCUCAGGGCCUCCUCAGGCGAGGCAUCAAGGAUACCAUGAGAUACAUCCUAGUGGACUGGCUUGUGGAGGUGACCACCAUGAAGGACUUCUCCAGCCUGACUCUCCAUGUUACAGUGGGUUGUGUGGACCGUUACCUGGCUCUUCACUCUGUCCCCAAAGCUCGCCUUCAGUUAUUAGGCAUUGCCUGCAUGGUUGUUUGUACACGCUAUAUAAGUAAAGAAAUCCUAACUAUACGUGAAGCUGUAUGGCUCACUGACAACACCUACAAAUACGAGGACCUUGUUCGAAUGAUGGGAGAGGUCAUUUCUGUGCUGGAAGGAAAGAUCAGAAGCCCGACGCUGCUGGACUACGGGGAGGUGCUUCUGUCUUUGCUCCCUCUGGAGCGGAGGACCGCUUACCUAUUCAGCUACAUCUGUGAGCUGUCACUGCUCUACACGGCUCUUGCCACACCACCUCCUGCAAAACGGGCCUGCGCUGCACUACUCCUUACACGAGCACUACAUCACUAUGCUCCUCUCUGGCCCAGCCAGUUAGUCGACUACACCGGCUUCUCCAAGCAAGACCUUGUCUCCCUUUCUGUGCUGCUCUAUGUCAAGUGUUUCAGUCAUGAUGUUCCAAAAGAUUACAGACAUGUAUCUCUGACUGGAGUGAAGCAGCGGUUUGAAGAUGACGCCUACCAGCACAUCAGCAAAGAAAAGGUGAUGGAUUAUAAAGAACUGUGUCAGAUCUUUGAGAUUCCUGACGUGGAGCCACAGAUGGAGCCUCCCAGUCCAACUGGUCAACCAGCCGACAUCCACACCUUCAUGGCUUCUCCGUCCAGCACCAGCAAGAGGAGACGUGAUGACAACAUGCAGGCCCACAGAGCCAGCUUCACAGCCACACCCACAGCAGAGCUGUCCAAUCAGGAGGAGACGCUACUAGGCGACAUGCUGGACUGGAGCUUGGACACUUCCUGCUCGGGUUAUGAAGGGGACCAGGAGGAAGAGAGUGAGGGAGACAAAGAUGGUGAUUGUUCAAUGAUCUCAGUCCAACUGCACCCACUGACUGACCCAGACGGAGGAACAGAGCAUUGCAGGGCCUUGUCUAGCGAUGAAGACAGCUUCUGCGAAGUGGAAAAGGAGUUCAAAAAUAACUUCCGCGACCAGGAGGAACCACUGUCCGUUUUUACAGACCAUCACAGUUCGGGAUACUCCUCUGUGCCAAGUGUUAGCCCCUCAUCCACAUGCUCCUCCUCCCUCGUGCCUUGCACACUUAAAACCUUUACCACAUCUCUGGGUGCAGCUUCUGCUAAUGGCCAACCAGGCUUUCGUCUUUUGGUGCCCAUGCAGAGGCCCCGGGGCACCUCCAGCAAACAAGUGAAGAGGAAGAACACAGCAGCACAUAGUGGAGGUGAGGUGGAAAGAGAAGAGGAAGAUGGCAGGGAAGAAGAUAUGUAUUCAACCAGUGUGGGGUUUCUGAGCUUAUAGACAGUGGUUUUUAUUUUAAUGGCCAUGGGCUGUUUUAACAAACCACUUGCUCAGGCAUUAUCCUCCAGCACUUUCCUUCACUUGUUUCACAAUGUUUUUCUCACUCCUGCACUGAUCUGUCAACUGCCAGAAGAUCAAGACAUUUUGAGGUUUGCAUUCCAUUUCAGGCACAAUGAAAUACCUCCAAUGAAUUCACAGUCUGCUCUUAAACCACUGGAACAUAAUGUCACUUUCCUCAGGACACUGGUACAAUAAUUUUUGUUUUUAGCCAUCUGCAACAACCUAUCUCAAAUGAUGUGCAAAAACAAACCGACAAACACAAAAACUCAGACUUGUAAGAUGUUGUUAAGAUUU